AUGGCGAGCUCUGUAUUGAACAAUGUCUUUAAUGUGUUUUGCAGAGACUCUUCUGCGUAUUUUGCAACGAUUGGAUUUGUUACAGCUUCAUAUAUAGCAUUUAAAGCAGCUUUUAAUGUAAUCAAAAUCUUGAAAUUCCUUGUUUUUGCUGGAUCUACAAACUUCAAGAAACUAGGAUCAUGGGCAGUUGUCACAGGUUCAACAGAUGGUAUUGGAAAAGCUUAUGCAAAAGAGCUAGCUAAAAGGGGAGUAAAUAUUGUUUUAAUAAGUCGCUCAGAAGCAAAACUUCAGGAGGUUGCCAAUGAAAUAGAAAAAGAGAGCAAAGUUCAAACUAGAAUUAUUGUGGCUGACUUCAGUAAAGGUCUGGAGUUGUAUGAUUCAAUUAGGGACCAGCUAGCCGGCCUGGAGAUCGGAACGCUAGUUAACAAUGUAGGGAUGCAUUAUCCAUUCCCAAACUACUUUUUGGAUGUAACUGAUAGAGAAGAGCUUUUUAUGAAAUUGAUCAACGUAAAUGUAACAGCUGUGACCAUGAUGACCAGCAUUGUGAUGCCUGCAAUGGUGGAGAGAAAGAAAGGCGCUGUCAUAAACAUCUCCUCCAUUGGAGGCUUGCACCCCAUGCCUCUCAUAACGGUAUAUUCCGCCUGUAAGGCUUAUGUGACAUUUUUCUCCCGGUGUAUACAAUCUGAAUAUGAAUCGAAGGGAAUUAUUUGUCAGUGUGUAGUGCCACAUUUUGUUGUAACAAAUAUGACCAUGCCAUUUCUUGUUACAACAAAGAGGUCAGAGAAAAGGAUACCUUCCUUAUUUAGACCAAGUCCCACCACCUAUGCUAAAGCUGCCUUGGAUUCCGUUGGGGUAUCAGAUUUUACCAAUGGCUACUGGGCACAUAGUGUUCAGGCUGCAGCCGUGGGCAUGUUACCAGAAGGAGUCAUAAAAAUGAUGUCAGUGGGCUUUAUGGAAAAAACCAGAAAAGCAAAUUUAGAAAAUAUGUCUAAGAAAAAGGAAUAAUGUUGAUCAAGUCAAUUCAGAAGCAAAUAUGUAUUGCUCAGUUUUAAAAGACAAUGUAAGAAAGCUUCAUUCAGUUGUUAAAAUCAAAGCUCAAAGACAGUAUUUAUUUCAAAGAAUAUACACGUAUUGAGUAUUCAUAAAUGAAUAAUUAAUAUACACUCAAUAAAUUAAGGGUCAU